CUUAGCCAUUCAUUCCUAUCAUAACCUCAAAACUGAAAUUUGUUUUCAUUCUCACAUUGCGCGGUGUGUACAAAUUGGAAUACACGUGUUUUUAAUUUUCUAAAUAAUAAUUGUCAUGAUAUAGAAAAACAUUAAAAUGAGUAAACUCUAUGUUCUAUACGAGCACAGUGCGGGCUUCGCUCUGUUCCGUGUAACAGAAUUCGAAGAACUGGCUGCAUUUCUACCACAAGUAGAGGAGUCUGUGACGGAUUUACAGCGUUUCAAUUCAGUUGUAACAUUGAUCGCUUUCCAACCAUUCAAAUCUGCAGUUGUUGCUCUGGAAAACAUAAAUGCUGUUUCUGAAGGUAUUGUGCCAGAAGACCUAAAUUUAUUUUUGGAGGGUGCUUUGCCCAAGCGCAAGAAAAGAGGAAAAUGUACUCUAGGGGUAUUAGACCCCAAGUUGGGAGCUGCAAUCAGCGAGGCUAUGGAGAUACCCUGCUCACAUACAGGAGCUGUUCCAGAGAUUUUGAGAGGUAUUCGCUACCACUUCCAUGCACUCAUCAAAGGCCUCACGCUCAAAGCAUGCAGUGUGGCACAACUCGGUUUAGGACACUCAUACUCCCGAGCUCGUGUCAAAUUCAAUGUUCAUCGGGUUGACAACAUGAUCAUACAGAGCAUAGCAUUGCUGGAUCAAUUGGACAAGGAUAUUAAUACAUUUUCAAUGAGGAUCAGAGAAUGGUACUCCUACCAUUUCCCAGAGCUUGUCAGCAUUGUUCCUGAAAACCAUUUAUACACAAAGUGUGCAGAAUACAUCAAAGAUCGCAAAUCAUUAAGCGAAGAAUCUCUUGAGACAUUAACUGAAAUCCUAGGAGAUUCUGAAAAGGCGCAAGCUAUUGUAGAUGCAGCUAAGAUGUCCAUGGGCAUGGAUAUAUCGCCAGUAGACUUGAUUAAUAUACAAAUGUUCGCAGGCAGAGUUGUUGCAUUGAGUAAUUAUAGAAAGCAGAUAUCGGAGUAUCUGCACACCAAGAUGAACAGCGUGGCUCCGAACCUCACUACUCUGGUGGGAGACCAGGUGGGCGCUCGGCUCAUCUCCAAAGCUGGAUCUCUAACCAGCCUUGCCAAGUACCCAGCAUCUACAUUGCAAAUUUUGGGUGCUGAAAAAGCAUUAUUCCGAGCGCUGAAGACCAGAUCUAACACCCCCAAGUAUGGUCUACUGUACCACUCAACCUUUAUCGGCCGCGCCGGCCUCAAGAACAAGGGCCGCAUCAGUCGGUAUCUCGCCAAUAAGUGCUCUAUAGCCUCCAGGAUUGACUGCUUCUCAGAAAACCAAACAACAAUCUUCGGUGAAAAGCUCCGUCAGCAAGUAGAAGAUAGAUUGAAAUUCUACGAAACAGGUGACAUUCCCAAGAAGAAUAUAGAAGUAAUGAAAGAAGCUUUGGAGGAAGCCUCACAAGCAGUACUCGAGGCCUCAGCUAGUGCUAAGAAGAAGAAAAAGAAGAAGAAGAAGGAAGAACAAGAAGCUAUGGACGAGGACUAGCUUCAAUUUUAUUUUAUUAUAUUAAUUUUUUUAUAGUGAUUUGUAAGAUGAUUAUAUGUGCGAAAAAUACAGUAAGUUACAUAAAGAAAGUAUUUUUAAAAUUAGAAUUGGGUAGAUGUGUUUGGCAGCAAAUUUCAUCUCCAAGGUCCUUUAUGUGCGUUCAAAACGUGCUGAUACUAGACACGCUCCUUAUUUGACAUACUGUAUAAAAUAUCUAUACUUAUUGAAAAAAUUUAAAUAAUAAAUGUUCUCUAUAAACAGCA